AACGGAUCCAUCGCUGCAACCUGCGAGAUGCUGCGCCACGUCUUGCAAGGCGACGAGACGACAGAGCAAUUCGAGAUGAUCGAUUGCUCGUAUACCCAGGAUGACACGGUCCGGGGUCAGGAUUGUGAUCAAGCCUUUACUCGGCGGGCGUGCCCUUGCUUUUGGUCAGUUGCACUAGCGCAGCGGACACCUAGUAAAACGAAAGCCAAAAGCAGGCGACCCCCUCUAUGCCUUUCUCUCCUCACUCCUCAUCACUACCGUCUGCAUCGACUCAGGUACCCCUGCUGGUCAGGCGGCCUCUCUCUCGUCAGCUAGGCACUGGUUGUCGCUGUCACUCCUGCUUCUUAAACGUCCCUGGUGGACUUGCCGCUCCUCUCACGGUCUUUUUUCGACUCACCAUCCAAGGAAGAGCUUGUCUCUCCUUAUCUUUGCCACCCUCCUCCAUCAGCUUCCCCUAUCCACAAUGCUCGACACUACGCAUCGUCGUCUGCCCCCAACCUCGCUCAACCUCGGGCCCGCUCGAGCCAAGUACGUCCCGCGCACCUACAAUCGCUUCCCCGCUCCGGUCAGGCCGCAGGGGCUCAACUGCCGAGAUCGACGACCCUGUACGCCUGGGAGAGCGGUCGCUAUGAAUCUAUGGAGCCCAACGAUUGGGCGUGGAGGUGCUAGGAGGAUGGAGACGAUCAAGUCUCACCCAGUGCUGUUGCGCGGCUCAGCGCCGGGUGCGAAGAUGCUCGAGGACGACUCCACCGCUGAAGACAAGCAAGAUGGCGCUGACUGGAUGGCAGCUCUGAUGGGCGUGGCGCUACCCAGUCUUACAGCUGCCAAGUACAAGCCGCUCAACAACGCCUGUGUCGCUACUUCGUCUACUGAACAACCCCUGCUGAGCCCCUCUGAUGAGGACGAUCAACACCCUUCACUCCUCUCACCUCUCACACCCCCAACGUCUGCGCCAAGCAUCCAACUCUCCGCUCUCCUCCCAUCUCCCACCUUCCUACUACUCAACGCUUCGCCCCACGUUCGACCUCCUCGCUCCUCCUCGCCUCCCCUUUCAGGCUCGCCCUCAUCCUCCUGCUACUCGCGCCCGAGCGCUCCGCCUAGCGGAGAAGGAGGAGACUUCGGCCUUGCUAGGGACGUGCCGCCAAUGUCUGCCAGCUUCGUCGUGGUACAGAGCUUGACGCCCUUCCUCGUGUGGACGCCGGCGCCAGGCUCGGCGAGGUACCAGCAGCAGGCCGGGUCGGCGAAGAUGAGCAGCUUUGACGCGGAGGCACGUAUCGAUGCUCUUCGCAGCCCGAUCGUGCAUCGUCCUCCAACUCGCAAAGUGCCCAUGAGUCCACUACGACUCAACACACCCACCUCCGCUUCUGCCCAUUUGGGGGUCCACACCCUACUCAGCCCAACCAACACUCGCAAGCCUGGCCGCAGAGUUCCGAUGAGCCCUCUGCGUCUUCAACUCAACGCGUACUCUGCCGCGCCCUACGAUCGUCAGAUGGCGCCAAGCACGCCUCUGUCGGCCGCUCCAAAGGAUCGACAGAUGCCGCUCCAAACGCCGAGGACGCCCAAGACGCCCAGGUCUGCAGCGCCCUUCAUGAGCAAGAGACGAGGUGCUCUUGCUGCUCUUCGAGAGGAGAAUGAGGAGGCCAAGGUGCAGAAGAAGGAAGAGGUCUUGCCCUCCUUCAACGUUUCCGAGGCGCCUACGUUCGAGCCGGUCGCAGUUGAGGGCGCAAGCAACGAGGGCAUCUCGCUCACCUUCUUCUCGUGCGAGGAUCUCGAGUAGCCGCAAGUGUGCCGUGAUUGCAUCAAUGUCAAGCUCAUGUGGCAGGCAAUCAUCUCAGCUUUUGAGCAGCACGACUGGUGAUAUAUUGGGCAGGUGCUGACGUGUGUGCACAUCGACCAUUCGUGACGACGUGAGCCACGUACAUCUUCAGCUGCCGCUGCGCAAAACCCUCGUUCCACUACCGCCUUGACCAAUACUCUCACUUCUCGACAUUGUCCCCACCCUCCUUCACUUGACCAGCGUCAAGCCCAUCGGUAAACUUCGGCGGGGCAGCGUGCGACCCACUGCCAGCCGCAGCAGUGCUGGCAGCUUCUCCUGCCUGUCCACCAGACGCACCACCCUUGUCUCUGUUGUUUCCCUUCUU